CAUUCAAAAGAUCUGUCUACUAUAAUAAAACAUUGAAUAAGUAUUGCUAGAUCUAGACUCUAUUUAUUAGUAAAAUACAUCUUGACUUUCACUACACAAUACGAUGAGAUUAGUUGCAGUAAUUCAAGUGUCUUUUUUGUGCACUUGUUUACAGGCUUGUACAAAAUCAAAGUGGGGAGAGAACUGCGAGAGAAACUGUAACGGUCGAUGUUUCAACAGGUCAUGUGAUGCCAUUACUGGACUCUGUGACCAGGGAUGUUUGGGUUACACAGGUCCACCUAAGUGUUUAGGAAAUUGCAAACUUGGCUACUACGGUUUGAACUGUGCCACGCGAUGCCCAGAGAACUGUAAAGAAGACGUAUGUGACCCUAACAGCGGCCGAUGUUUUCUCUGUGCGUUUGGUUACAAGAUGAGUCCAGUCAGUAACUUGUGUGAUACAGAGUGUGACUCCGGCACUUGGGGACUGAUGUGCAACAGUACCUGCUCAGAGGAGUGCCAGGGGGACUGCUAUCCAGCUAAUGGAUCUUGUUUAAGUCCAGUGUGCCCACACGGGAAAUGGGGAGACAACUGCCACAAGACUUGCAGCAGACGAUGUCACAACAGAACAUGCAAUAGUGUGACAGGAGUCUGUGAAUGCAGAUCUGCAUUUUGUCAUGAAAAGGCGGAGAGUCUCCCGCCCACAUCGUGGGUUACUUUGUUUAAGCAAUCGCUCCAACUCCUCCAUUUCUACGCCCUGUUGGCCGCUGUGGCUGUAGUCUGCGUGUACGUCUGGCUUCUUGGGAAGAGAGAAGUCCGAGAUUUUUCAAUAAUAAAGUUAAAAAUUUGUCGUCUACGUCCCAAGGAGACCAGGUCAGAGAACAUCACAGCGAAGUCGUCAGAAAACACGACCACAUCUAGGCCAGUGUAUUUCUCCUCAGUAGCUACAGAACAUUCUUCAUAUACCUCCAUUCUUUAGAGCUAUAUAAAAUGUCUAAAAAAAAAUUCUACAUUGUUUAUAUACAAGUUACUUUAAUCUUUGUUUAAUCGAUGUUUAAUCUAUGUUUAAUCGAUGUUUACUUUUUUCUGUAGCUUUAAAUUCUAUUUUGUGUGAGUGUAGUAAUGUCAUAUAA